AUGUUCACUGACGUCCAUUUGGCGGUAUUGUCCAACGCAUUGGGGAUUGUUUUGUUUUUGCUUGUAGUUCUCUACCACUACAUUAAUGCGAAUUUUUCGCGAUCCUGAACCAACUACCAGAAUUUUUAUUAUUGUUCCGAACAUUUAAUCUAUUGUAAAUGUUAAUAUUUUCUAAUUUUAAUAAAAAUAAAAA